CGAAAAUUCAAACUUUCCUCAGCGCUGCACUCAUUUCUCUAUUCUUCCGUCUCCCUUGAUUUUCGAAAUCAUGUAUCAACCAACAAACAACAGUGACAACAAAGAUUUGGUUCAUACCAUGCCAGUCUCUCUCCAAGGGACCUCGGCAUCACUGCCAAUGGACACAAAAGACAAUAUGCAAAAUGAAGAAUUUAUAAAUACAAAAAAUGACAUCAUGCACUCCCAGGAAAUGGUUGAAAAUAGGCUACGGUGUAAAUUACGGUGUAACAAUAUCAGUAAAUUACAAGAGGAUUUAUAUGUGUUUGGGGAGAAAAUUAAGCAGCACGAGGACACACUGAGUCUUUUGAACGCAGAAAACGUCAAAUUAGAAGACUCCAUUAUUCGUUUGCAAGAAUCUUCAAGCACAAAAAAGACUCAUAAUGCAAAGUAUACCCGCAGUACAACUGAGGAGGAGGUACUUAAACAGAUACUGCAGCAUGAAAAAUCAGCUGCUGGUGUUUUGUGCCAGAUGAAGACUCGUCAUGCAGCACACGCUUCUCUUUUCACACUAACAAAGGAUGUCAUAGGUAUUGUUCCUUUGCUGGGAAGAGUUCAGGAUGACAAUCUCAGCAGACUUUUCUCAGAGUAUCUUGGAGUGGAGACUAUGUUAGCAAUUGUUUGUAAAACUUAUGAAGGAGUUAAAGCUAUCGAAAUGUAUGACAAAGAAGGCUGCAUAAAUAAAAAUAGGGGCCUUCAUGGGUUAGGUGCAACUAUGAGAAGGGAUUUGGACGGUCGAUUUUUAGUCAUAUGUCUUGAAUCUCUAAGGCCUUAUGCUGGUAAAUACGUGGUUGAUGAUCCACAGAGGAAGUUGGACAUUUUAACCCCAAGAUUGCCCAAUGGAAAGUGUCCGGCUGGAUUUCUUGGGUAUGCUGUGAAUAUGAUUCAUAUAGACACCGUUUGUGUAACUCCGAGUGGUUUUGGCCUUAGAGAAACCCUGUUCUAUAAUCUCUUUUCCCGUCUACAAGUAUAUAAGACUUGGGCUGAAAUGAUGCAAGCACUUCCUUUCAUAACUGACGGAGCUCUUUCUUUAGAUGGAGGAAUGAUUAGGAGUUGUGGUGUAUUUUCCUUGGGCAAAAGGGAAGAUGUUAAUAUAAGAUUCCCCAUAUCAAAAAGAUCAGCGAGGCAGCAAGUUGAAAUUGAGAAGCGAAUGAAGGACGCCCAGCGGAAGAAGGAAAAUAUUUUAGAGGAUAUAAAAGAAGAAAUGACAUUGUUGGAUAUAGCGAAGCAAAAUUUCAACAAAAAGAAGAGUGAUUUUUCUAUAUAUUUGGAUUCAGUUUCAUCAAUUUCAACUACUCAGGUUUAGAAUGCUCCUUCGGUACUCCGGGUUAAGUUUUGUUGCGAAGAAAAAUAAGAUUUAUACUUGAGGGGAGGAUACUGGUAUAUGAGGUUUUGACAAAGUAAUCGAGGCUGUGAAUGUCGUAGAUCUCUUUGUUAAGCCAUUUUUUCUUACUCUCUGAAGUCUAGUGUAUUAUUAUCUCGUAACAUGUUUCA